CUCAGGUACAGCAGCCAGCCACAUUGCUUCUCCUUCUUGAGUAGCUCGAUCGCCUUGGAUCCAUGGACCAUCACGUCGGCUCCUCCCACGUGCACGCCGACGGCGAGCGCAGGGCCAAGGAGGAGGACGUCGUCGUCGUGCUCGCCGUCGACGCCGAGGCGGCCGAGGCCGACGUCCACCCGGGCGACGACGACGGCGGCGUCAACUACAUGGCCCGCGCGCAGUGGCUCCGCGCGGCGGUCCUCGGCGCCAACGACGGCCUCGUCUCCGUGGCGUCCCUCAUGAUCGGCGUCAGCGCCGUGAACGACGCCGGCAAGACGAUGCUCGUGUCGGGCCUCGCCGGGCUGGUGGCCGGCGCCUGCAGCAUGGCCAUCGGCGAGUUCGUGUCCGUGUACGCGCAGUACGACAUCGAGGUGGCCCAGAUCAAGCGCGACGGCGCCAAGGGCAAGAAGGAGAGCCUGGCGAGCCCGACGCUGGCCGCGCUCGCGUCCGCGCUGGCGUUCGCGGUGGGCGCGCUCCUGCCGCUGCUGGCCGGCGGGUUCGUGAGGCCGUAUGGCGCUAGGGUCGGGGCGGUGUGCGCGGCGACCACCGUGGGCCUGGCCGGCUUCGGCGCGGCGGGCGGUUACCUGGGCGGCGCGAGCAUGUUACGGUCGGGGUCCAGGGUCCUCCUGGGCGGGUGGGUCGCCAUGGCUGUCACUUACGGCGUGCUCUGGCUGUUUGCCAAGGUGUCCCACAUUCACGUCUCGUCGUUGAGGUGAAGUGGCCGUGCUGGGUUGGCAGGUGGUGGGUGGAGUGAUUUGCAGAAUUAAUACAAGGGCUCUAGAGCUAGCUGUGUCAAUUGAUACUUAGUCGUCUACAUUUGGUUAAUGGCUACCCAUAUCCUAGUAGAGAUCUCCCGGAUCAAUCGUUGUGUAAUGGCUCUGGUUGGUGGCAAUGUAAGGCAAGGCUAAUGAAAAUACUAUACAUGCUUUUUACCA